GCCCCAAAGAGCACACAGAUGCUCUGUGCGGGAUCGGCUAGUUGUUAAUAUAUUAUUAGAGUAGCAGGCCUCAGAAAGUCUAAACCUGAAUCUAACCUUCAGUAAAGGAUUUUAAACCUCUCAAGGAAAACUCCCCCUGAACCGAUUGAUCACCAGGCACAGUGUUCUGCAAUAGGUAUUCCCGUCCCAGUCCACUUGCUGGUCCACGUAAAAACAGAUCAAUAAAAUCAAUAAAUGUGAAUUUCCCCACUCCAGUUUUGUCCUUCAUCUGAUUUUAAACCUAUAUAAUUGAAAAUGAAAAAUGGAAACAAAAGUAAAAUCUUAAAGAUUAUUCAGAAGCUUUCAAGAUCCUGAGUCUAACCUAACAAAAAAAUGAAUUUGGAAUGUUCUAUAGUGCAAAAUAGUAUUUUUUAUUUUUUUAAAAAAAUGUUAAAUAUUCUAAUUUUAUCCACCCCAGUUUCCUGAGUAACUAAUAAAAAAUUCCAUGCAGAAUACUAAAUGAUACAAGUAAUGAGUACAAAUUCCAUUAAUAAUGCUGUUUAUUAAGCUGAUGGACGAAUAGAAUCCAAAAUAGACAAAAAAAUUAAAAUCCAAAAAUCUAGAAAAAUGCUAGAAAUAUUCAAUGUCUUUAAUAUCCUUAUUCUUAUAGCAGGAACAUGAAAAAGCUUCUGCUUCAAGCUUCCCCAGUAAAGAGCUAUCUCUCCAAUAUUAAUUUCAUGGUGUAAAUAACAGAUGAAGGAAUUUGGACAAAAGUACAGAAUUUCAGUACUAAAUACUGUUGGCAAGAAAUGCAAACUCCAUUAGUGGUGUUAAACUAAUACACAGAAAAAGGGAAGAGAAAAAAUAAAUACAGAACUCUGUGCCAAAUCCAUGAAGCAAAAUCUUAGGCAGGCCACAAUAAUCACUUCAUACUGACUCUCUUCUCAAUGCUGGCUGUCUUCUCGUUCCACAAUAUGACUAAAUUACCUCCUGAAAAGUCCAUGAAAAAUAUUCUCAGUUAUAUGAGUGUCAAUAAAAACAAAAGGUAUAACUACAACAAUAGAUCUAAAGUCUAUUAAGAAAAGACAACAAGAUAGAUUUUGAACCCCCUAUCCGGAUCUCCAAAACAUUUACGAUACGAUAAGUCUUUAUUGUCAUUGUCCUGUACAGAACAACGAGAUUGAAAGAAUCUACAACAACCUCUACAGGACCUAACAAGAAAUAGCUAAAUAUAUCGCAAUAUACCCCCCCCCAUAUACCCAUUGCCCUAAAAAACUCUAAAAAGAAACACUAAAAAAAAAAACCUCUAAAAAACUGAAAACACAAAAACCCCGUCAGAAACUGUAUUUUGUUGCAUUCAAAGCUAAAACCACUUUUGGAUAGAAACUAUUUCUCAAGCGGCUGGUCCUGGCCUUUAUGACCCUGUACCUCCUUCUCGAAGUCAGAAGCUGAAAGAGAUCAUUUCCAGGGUGCGUGGGAUCCUGCACUAUCUCUACCGCUUUGUUAAAACUCCUGGUGGCAUAAAUUUGGUCUAAAGUGGGAAGGGUACACCCAAUUAUUCUCUCUGCAGUCUUAACAACCUUGGACAGCAGUGCUCUUUCCCUGACUGUGCAACUCCCAAACCACACACAGAUCCCAUAGGUUAACACACUCUCUAUGGUACAGCGGUAGAACAUCAGCAGUAGAUUAUUUGGAAGACUAUUCUUCCUGAGAAUUCUCAAGAAGUAUAAUCUCUGCAGUGCUCUCUUCACCAAAUCUUUGGUGUUUGCUCCCCAAGUCAGAUCAUCUCUCAACUCCAUUCCCAGAAAUCUGAACACUGAAACCCGUUCCACACAAAUCCCUUCAAUAAUGAGUGGCUGAAUGUCCGAAUUGCAUUUCCUAAAAUCCACAAUGAUCUCCUUUGUUUUUUUUUAAUUGAGGAAUAAGUUAUUCUCCCCACACCACUCUGUCAGCCGCUCCACUUCCUUUCUGUAGGCCGACUCCCCUUCUCCCCUUCUCCCGUUCUUCAGAUUUACCCGAGAGAGCACAUUGUGUCGGUGUUGAAUCUUCUGUGAAACAUGGCAGUCAUAGUUUGUGCAAAAUGGGGGCGCUUGGUCUGUAAGCAAAGGGGGUUCAGGAAAGGUUGGAGCCCAAGCAAGCCCUCAGAAGGCAUUGGAUUUCUCCAGCAUUUGCUGGGAGCAGCUUUUCUCUUUUCCUCCCCUUCUUUCCUGUUUUGAAAUUUCACUAGCAAAUCUUAGUAGCAUCCAGAGAUCUAGAAAAGGGGGAGUGGGUGAGAAAGGGAUAUGGCAGACUGACACUUCCACUGGGGAGUUCUUCUUUUCAUAGAAAUGAGCCACCACCUUUCUUCCUCCUUCUGGCCACUGGGAGGGAAGCCGCUUGCUAGCUCCCUCCACUUUCGCUUUCACUUUCUCUCCUCUCCAGAAGGAGGGAGGGUUUUUUGUUAGCUUCCAAAUAAAAACUGGCAUUUUAACUGAAAUUACAAAUGGGACCAUUUCAAACUGCUCCUGUCUUUAAGACAGAAGGACUUGUUUUUCAUGGUUAAGAAUUGGGAGAUUCUUGCCUUCUAUUUAUGAGCAACUCAACAGGCACAGCUUGGGAACCAGGCCAGUCCAAAAUAGCCAAGUACCUCUGACUCUCUGUAUUUUGCCAGAGUUUGUGUUCCUUUAUGAACCAGUUCAGAUGGGGAUUCCCAGCCAGUGCGGAACCAGAUGUUGUUGAACUACGAUUCCCAUCACCCCCAUGCUACAAUUCAUGGUUGAGGAUGAUGGGAUUUGUCAUUCAGCAACACCUGGAGUAACAUGGCUGGGAACCCCUGCACUGUUAAGAAGAGACUUCCUUUCGCCCUCUAGGAGCACUGAGGCCUGGCAGUGCUGAGGUAAAAUGAAGGGAGAGGCCACUGCCCGCUGGGAGGGACGAGGGAGGAGGCCAUGGAGCCCAGGCCUCUGUGAGUGAGCCAGUCUCUCUCGUCACCUCAGAGACGUGAGGGACAUCAUCACUCCAGCACCAGAAUGGCUGCCCUUCUCUGGCCAAGAGCUUUCUCCAUCCCUGGGGGGCGGGUGGGGCAGAUCUCACCAGCCCCGUCAGAAAUUCUUCCCAGCGGUUUCUGAGGGGAAAGACUAUUGAAAAGAAGAGGAGGAAGCAAGAAACAGCUUCCCGCUCUCUCCCUUUCUUCUCACAGCCACACUUCCGUUUCUGCACCAGGGAGAAAAAUGAAAAAUAUCCCCACCUCAUGCUGGCACACCAUGUAGGAGGGCAACAUUUUGGGGCUGGGAGAGUUUAUUUUGAGUCCUAGAUCCAGCUCCAGCUACAAGGACCUCGUGGUCUUCUCUCCCCUCCUCUCCCUUGCAACGUGACUUUCUGGGCCAGCAUAGAAACUUGGGAUCAGUCCUGCAGGGAGGUCCAGAGGGCAGGUUUCCUGCGUGUCCUUUUCCAAACCCCUUCCCAGCCCUCAUGGCAAAGCAAGUCCGCACCACUCAGCCAGGCCUCUCCCAUCAUGGAAAUCCCCUCAGCCCAUGGGAGAGCGUUUGGACUCUGCCGGGGAAAAGUAUAUCAUCUUUUUAAAAACUGAUUCUUAAAACAGGCGGGCAGAGGCGCAACUAUAGGGGGGGCGGGGGGGGCAUGUGCCCCGGGCGCCAUCUUUUCGGGUUCCAUGGGGGGCGCUGCCAUGACCAUUUUUUUAAAAAAAAAUUAAUACAAAUUUCUCCUGCUCAGUGCAGCAGCGCUGCAGCAGUCAAGGGAACGCGUCGGCGCCCCCUCCCCCACGAGCGGUCCCUUCCGCGCCACCCGUUGCUUUGCUGGCAGCCAGUCAGUGGCCUGGCUUGGCGGCGGCGGGCGCCGUGGCGGGCGCCUUUCAUGCUGCUCACUGCGCCUGCCCUUGGCUGAGCCUUGCUCGCUCUGUCGCUCGCUUAGUCUGGAACAGCCAGAAAGAGGCCCUCAAGAGGCUUGCAAGCCAGAGGGUCUCUAGUCAGUGACACACACACGCGCGCGACUCAGCUGGCAUGCCGAGUCGCGCUGCACAUGCAUGUGGUGCGUCCGUCCUCUUCUGUUCGCCUGCACGUGGUGGUGCGGUCACCGUCACGGAGGAAAGCGUGGUUGCUGGGGCUGGGGCUGCACUGCAGCAGGCGCAGGCAGGAUGAGGAGGACACACAGGGACACCCGCACGGAAGAAAGGAUUCGAAGCAGCAGACCAAGUAUCAGGCUACGAAAGAAGCGGCGUGUCCGGGUGGACCAUCGGCGUUUACGUAAGCGGCCCUCUAAAAAAACUGAACAUCAGAUGCCAGGACCUGUUUACGUGGAACAGCCUUGGCUUACGGAGUGUCUGUCACAGGGUGACUGCUACUUUAAAUGUAGACAGUGGCGAAAAGAAAAACCUGCCCACCACAUGAGGAAACCUCUCAGCGUCCAAGAUCUUUGGCUCACUAUAGGACUGGGUGGAUUUCUCCCGGAGCAUGAGCGCUGGCUGCAAGAAUUUCUCUGUGGCACGAUGAGACCUAUGCUGCCUCCACUGCAAACUCCAGCCCUGUCCACCACCAAGGCCGAACGGACCCGACCCUACUUUGUGGAGACAGACCCUAACCACCCCAAUCUGUCCUGUGGCCCUAACCGGAGAGCAUUGCACUUACAGCAGGUGGGCCGAGCAAAAGUCCUGAGGCGCUUUCGCAAGCUGGCUGAGCCUCCACUGGAAACUCCAGCCCUGUCCACCAGCAGGACCGACCCAACCCAACCCUACUUUGUGGCUCCCCAAAACCAACAGGUCUGCCUUACCUGUGGCCUUGACCCCACAACAACAUUUUUAAAAAAGAAAGGGAGGUUCGAGACAUUGAAACGCUUCCGUAAGAUGAAUGAGAAGAAGAGCAGGAAGAGGAAAAGGCCAUAUGAUCCAGGAGAAGGCCCAAGGAUCAAACGGAGGAGAAUCUGGCCCUAGUGACGUUUGUAUUUCAUGUUAUUACAUAUACUUUUUUUAAAUUAUAUAUCCAAGUCAACUUGUACAAAAUCCCCCUCCCCUUGGCCUCGUGCGGAGGGGAGGGAGUUUGUCCCAGCCAUGCCCCGCACGAGGCCCAAGAAGCGGGCCGAUUGGCUCCCUUGAAAUUGGAGGCGUGGUCUCGGCCGUAAUCGGCCGAUCCACGCCCCAAGCUCUUCAGUUUUGCCUUGGCAAUCCCCUCCCUCCCUUCCUUCCCUGAUGCAGAGCGGGUCUAGCGGCUGGUCGCCUGCGGGGGCCGAGUAGGAAUUUUUUGCUCUCAACGCAUUGGCCACCGUUGGGGGUUUUUUCGCCUACUCCGUUCUGUACUCAGGUGUUUAGUUAGAGUUAGAGUUGGCAGUAACAGUGCGGGCUGAGGGGUAAGUUGAGGGUUAGAAUAUCGGUGAGCACCCUUGGAUAUUUAAAGGUUGAUUGGUCAAUUGCUCCUUUGUGGCCUGUGCGGCACGGGGAGAAUAGAUUGCCAUGAAACCUGCUUCAGGACUUCACCAACCUUUGGGCUGUGCAGUCCAGGGUGGGUGAAGACCUUGAAGUAUCCAGAUCCCCUCUUCUAAAGGGGGCGAUUGGCUUUGAAGGAAUUAGGCGGGGCGUACCUGCCUGUUUCCUGAGCCAGGGUGUGUCGCCCAGUGAGGCGAUGGGUAGGACGUUAGAGUCCUAGCCCCAGACUAAGGGCCCGCACUGUUCUCUAAGGGUGAUUAAUCACCUGGCGUUCUAGUCCGCCAUGUCUGUUGUUUCUUUAAUAAAAUUGUGGUCCUU